UCCAGUUGGAAUCCUUGGAUGCGCAAGGAUGCUUCAGUUGAGAUUAGGUUGGAUUGCAUCCAAUGUCACCCACUACCGUUACCGCUGCCUCUGCUCUGCCUCUUGUCUGUACAGUCAUGUACUGUACAUGACUUACGAAUUGGUUAUGGCUGAGCAGUUUCAUCUCCCGUCUGCCCGCCUCUAUUCUUAUCCUUAUCCUUAACCUUCCCUCACCUUCCAACAAGAUACCUACCUGUCUACCCUUUGUCUUGACAAGACACACAUCACUUUCCCCAAGCUUCAUCUGAAAUCCUAUAUCAAACACCAUGCCCGGAAUUCCUCUGCACGCCCUUGACAACCUCAAGGCCAAGCUCAAGGCCGCCUUCAAGAAGAAGGAUAACAAGGAGGAAGCCAAACCCGCCGACCCCAAGCCUACCGAGACAAAGCCUGCCGAUACUACGGCUGCCACUGAGCCUACCAAGACCGAGGCUGCUCCUCCUGCUCCCGCCACUGAGCCAGCUCCUGCAGCUGAACCCGCAGCCCCUGCUGCCGAACCAGCUAAGGAGGAGGCCAAGCCUGAGGCUCCCGCUGCUGCUGUUGCUGAGCCAGCCAAGACCGAGGAGCCAGCUGCUGCUCCUGCGACUGAACCCGCUAAGCCCGACGCUGCUACGGCCACUGAAGCUCCCGCUCCCGCUCCCGAGCCUGCCAAGACAGAUCCGGCCCCGGCUGCUGCCCCUGCUGCCGCAACUGCUCCUGUCGCUGAGACUCCAGCUCUCGCCCCUGCUGCCGCCGAGACUACACCUGCUGCCCCUGCUGAGGCUCCCAAGGAGGAAGAGAAGAAGGAUACUCCUCCCGCCCCUGCCCCUGCCCCUGUGGCCUCUGCUUAAGUGCGACUCGAGCAAGCUUCCUUCUCUCGAUGUAAGAUCUCGAUGAGAAUGGGAAGAUGUUGAUCGGUUAGAGCACCAAGAAUGUGCGUUCGUAAUCUUGUUAGAGGCACGAGUCUUUCAGUUACAUGACAGGCUCGCUGUCGAUGUCUGUUCGCUUUUCUCCUAGCAGUUGGCUGGAUACCCAGGGAGAAAAGUGUCGCGAUGUUUUGUUUUCAAUAUAUACCCGCUUUCUAUAUCUAGAUACUUCCCUCGCUCUUGUUCCACGUUGUGCUUUUAUAAGAUUAGAUUGCAAAUUCAAAGGACUAUCAUGAGGCGUGUAACAUUUCCCAUAGUCUAAAUUCAAUAAUCGUACAUAACGGGAGGUUGGAAUCUCAUGGAAUUCUAUGGGACGAAUGCGCGAAUGAAUAUCUAUGUCCGGUCCUUGACUCCUAAUAUGCCAAAAUUCCCCAGAUGCUGGU